GCGAGAACCAAGUCCAUUGAUGAACUGUGGUGAGGGGAAAGGCGGUGUUUUGUUUAAUUCCCACUCAAGUCCAACGGCGAAUUUUUACUUACUGUGGAUAAGAAAUGCACUACAGUGUGUGCUGUGAUCGCUGGUCCUCUGACGAACGGCUGGAUGGCAAAACAGUCAUCAUCACCGGAGCCAACACUGGUAUAGGCAAAGAAACAGCCAGGGACCUGGCAAGAAGAGGUGCACGUAUCAUCAUGGCCUGCAGAGACCUGGAAAGAGCCACGGAGGCUCGGGAAGACAUUUUGGAAGACACCGGAAAUGAGAAUAUCGUUAUUAGGAAACUAGAUUUGUCAGACACUAAGUCCAUCAGAGCAUUUGCAGAGGUUAUAAUCAAAGAGGAGAAACAGGUGAAUGUUCUGAUAAACAACGCAGGCAUCAUGAUGUGUCCUUACUCCAAGACUGCAGAUGGGUUUGAACUGCAGUUGGGGGUCAAUCAUUUGGGUCACUUCUUGUUGACUCACUUGCUGCUGGACCUCAUGAAACGCUCGGCACCGUCCCGUAUUGUUGUUGUAGCAUCAGUCGCUCACACCUGGACAGGACUUCGACUUGAUGACAUCAACAGUGAGAGGAGUUACGACACCAUGAAGGCGUACGGUCAGAGCAAACUGGCUAACGUGAUGUUCGCACGCUCACUUGCCAAACGUUUAAAAGGCACAGGGGUGAGUGUGUUCUCCUUACACCCCGGGGUGGUGCAGUCUGACCUGUGGAGGCACCAGAACCAGUGCAUUCAGGUGGCUGUGAAGAUUUUCAGAAUUUUCACCAAGACGACAGUGGAGGGAGCACAGACAUCCAUCUACUGUGCUGUGGAGCCAGGACUAGAGAACCAGAGUGGAGGCUAUUUUAGUGACUGUGCCCCUGCAGGAUGCUCGAGGACGGCCUCUGAUGAAAAUUUGGCUCAGAAACUGUGGGAAAUCAGCUGCAACUUGCUUGGCGUCACUUGGCAGUAAAUGGGUGAAACAAAUGUGUAGUAUCAGAGUGUUCUUCAUAACAGCACUUACUGACAAAGAGGAAAUAAUAUGUCCUUAUUUUAAAACUCAGAGCACACUGUUCUCCAAACCUUAAUCAAUUUCUACCAAGGGCCUUUAGUCAGAUUGAAUAUAUGAAGCUAAAAUAAUGUUUAGACCACAUCUGACGUUUCAUUUAUUGACAUAUAGA